UCAGUGUCAAAAGUGAAUUACUAUUAUCAGGCGUUCAGCUGUCAGUUGCUAUUUUCUUUGAUUCAUUUUGCGCUUUGUUUUAGUAAUUUGGUUUCAUAUCAUUUACUCUGUCAAUGUAUAAUGUUUUAUAAUCACAAUUACAAAAGCCGGGUUUACAACAAUUGCAUAAAUCUGGUCUGAAUCGAUAUUUCAAUGUCAGUGACUGGGCGUCAAUGUUAUAACUUCAAUGUUCCUAUUAUUAUCCUUAUUGAUUGAAAGUGAAUGUUUUAACUAAAUCAGCAACUAAACUGUAUAUUUUUUGUGUAAAAUCCUGGAUAUGCAUCUUUGAUAAUCAUAAUAAAUGAGUAUGAAAGUAAACGAGAAGAACUUGUGCGCGUUCGCGUCGUCCGCUACUCCAGUGGACCGCGAUGGGUGGCUAGACAUGCGCGGCGAGGUUGGGAAGAGCUACCAGCGCAGAUGGUUCACCCUCAAGGGAAACCUCCUGUUCUACUUCGACAAGAAAGGCGACAAGGAGCCUGUGGGAGUCAUUAUACUGGAAGGAUGCACUAUAGAAUUGACAGAAGAAGAGGCAUACAGUUUCAAGAUAGUGUUCCAAUGUGAGGGUGGACGUACCUACUACCUGUGUACAAACUCGCAGGCGUCCAUGGAGACUUGGAUGAAGGCUCUGGCAUGUGCGAGCUAUGAUUACAUGAAGCUCAUGGUUGCUGAGCUGCAGAGGCAGUUGGAUGAGGCACAGGCCGAGGCUGCUGCAGAUGCAGCUGCUUUAGUCACAAUCACACCUCCAGACGAUGAGCCCAAAGCACCCCCAAGAGGUCAGCGAUACAAUCCUUUCAACAGAGUUAGUGAGAGUGAUGGUAAAACUGUGCAGGGCAGUAGACAUCACAAAGAGAAUAUAAGACCAGAUAUAGUCCGUAAGAAAGUACCAUUCCGGGACAUCCACGCAGCGUACGGACGCAAGAUACUGGCAGACAGGAGUGAAUGGAGAGCAAGGCUUGCGAAAAACAAGGAAGGGGUGACCGACAAACUGCUCAUCAAUUUAUAGUAGCUGCCUUCAAUCUGGUCAGGUUUCAAUGAUAUGAAAAUAGCAUGAUUUCCACGUUUUGUUGCCGAGUAUGAGGUUUUUAUAUAUUAGAUCGUGUUAAUGUGGACUGCGCCGUCUAAUGACUAUAAUUCGAAAUUAUUUGUUGCAACAUGGACACGGAGAUUGGUUCAUGUCUGUAGUAAAGUGAUUAUUGUAAAAAAGAAUGGUUAAGCAAUAGUUUCUUUUUGUAGUAUUUGUGUUAAUACUUACAGAAAAGAGGUGUUAUUGUUGAAUUUACAUUCUUUCUUCUACAGAAUGGUCAAUUUUAUGAAGGUGUUCAGUCCUUUCUAUAUGUACUUAAAUAUAAAUAGUAAUUAUUGUUUAACAUGUUUGAAUAUGUAAAAAUUUGCCACAGCCUCUGAACAUCUUGGCUAAGUCUCACUCAUUACUCUAUGAUAUAAAGUAGACAAUCUAUGAAUAUAAUGUAGAGUAAAUAUCUAAUGUGCGAUCCACUAUCCUAUACCUCCACCAUACUAGAGGUUCGAUUAAAAUUUUGGAUUGAUGAACAUUAAUAUUUUUGAUUCCUUUUUGUAUUCGUGAAUCUGAGAAUUCAGUAUGAAAGGAAAUUCUAGUUAAUUUCGUUAGCUGCUAGAGGCUAUUUGACUCGCACUUAUUAUAUUCUCUAAGCUUUGUCAUCACUUGUCUGUAGUUUAAUUUUUAAUCAGUCUUAUGGCAUAAUAAUAAAAUUUAUAUGUUACCAUUGCAUGUUCUAUUGGUUUUGCUUGUUGGUAAGUUUUAUUUAGUGAUUUAAAUAUUUGACUUAUCUUGCAUACUGUAGUUUAGUUUUAUUGUACAACUCUCAGAAUUUUCGCCGUAGUCUGCCCCAUGAUGCGAUAGGGGCGAUUUAUUUGUAUUAUUCAGUAUUAAAGUCAAUUACAAUUGCAUUCAGUAUUUGGCUUAUAUUUAAAUACUCAUUUAUGAAAUUGAUAUGCAUUGGGAUGUCGUAACUGACCAUAUUGAAACAUUAUUACGUGUAUUGAGAUAUUAUUAAACUAUGUAAUUAUUGUAUUGUAUUAGAUUUUUAUUUGUUAAAUGAUACAAUAAGACGCCGUGCAGAUGAUGGCGUUUAUCGCGCGUUGAGUAGCACUAUUAUAUCCGUAGACGAUUGUUAUUUAACUCGUCAACGCGCGGUGAACGCGUCAUCGGCUCUCAAGCGCACAGCGCGUGUGUAUUGGACUGAAGUUACUGUCAUAUAAUGGAAUGAUAAUGUUCUUGUGUACAUGCCUUGAGAAAAUAAAUUAUUUCUAUGACAA